CAUUGGAUGGACACGAUCAACGGAAUUCAUCUGCACGACGAGUCACGGUUGGCACGUACCUUUCAGUCUGUUUUCUACAUCCUGCAACUGGGACAGCUGCUCAUCGCUUACAAUUUUGGCGUCAUUUGCACAAACACCAUCUCGCUGGAGGAGUUCGCACAACAGUUUAACCAGUUCGGUGGUAUUUUGCUAACCUUUUUUCGUGUCAUCACAAUCGUAAGGAAGCAGCAGGUGGCAUCUUGUUUGGAAUAAAGCGAUCAUGUGAAUUGUAUUUUUUUUUAGAAUAUCUAUCGCACGGAAUUAAAAGACACGGCGCAGUUCAUCAACACUUCGGAGUUUCACCAUCUGAAUGAGCGUGCGGAACAGAUCCGCUCCAGAACCAUCCGACCCGCAGGACGUUUCUUUUCCACACUGUUGGGUUUGCAGAUAGUGACGCUUAUAUUCUGGUUCAUUUUGACCGAGAUACAAGCAUAUAAGCAAAACGUUUUAUUGCCCACGAUCACUUACCUACCGUUUGAUGCUUCAGAUUGGCCAACAUUGCUGAAGGUGAUAUUUCGUCUGUAUGUCUACCUAUCGUACACGCAGCUCAUGUUUACCUUCUUCGGGAGCUACGUCAUCACCAGCAGCUAUCUGCUAACACUCACCAUCGAACUGCGCAUCCUGAACGACUCGUAUGCCGGUGCACCGUCGGAUCCGCUUCAGUUGGUAACCUUUCUGAAGGAUCGUGUCGUGUAUAAGGAGUCACUUUUGCAGCACAUUGGCACCAUGAAACGACAGAUGAACGUUAGCAUCCUGCUCGAGCUGGUGUUGAUCGUUUGCUUGCUGGCAAUCAAUGGGCUACGACUCUGCACUACAACCAGCGAUCUUAGCGAGCUUGUCCUUUCGUGCAGCAUGAUCAUGAUCUAUCUGCUGGAGUUUUUCCAGUACUGCUGGCAAGUGGACGAGAUGGAGCUGUUGCACGAAGAGCAAGCGUCGGCCGUCUACUCAACCCCUUGGGUUGGUGCAAUGCGCCAAACGAAGGCGUUACUAUUGAUCACGAUCCGUAUGUCACAGGUCCCGCUGCGUUUCAUGUGUGGUGGAAUGUAUCAGCUGUCUACUGAACUGUUUACAGCAGUUGUACAGUUUAUCUACUCGCUUGUGAUGAUGCUUUUGCACUUUAAAUAAGCCAACAAGGAGUCAUUUUGGCAUCAAUCCAUUUUGGUUUUGAUGUUUCAUGCAUUAAUUAAUUAAAUGUUCUGCAUGCAAUACGUUUUACAAUCAAUCAA